UCUCCCUCUCCCCGGUGCGCCUGAACCCCGGUACAUGACACCGCAGAGCGCAAGGGGGGCCGCCUGGUCCUAUUUAACUUUUUUCCGGUUAUUAAAACUUCUGCGCCACAUUACUCUCAAAUUUUUCUCUCUCUUUUUCAUCCUCCCGACUGACGGACUGAGUUUGGAUAUCGGCAGGGGGGAGGAGGCAGAGGACCAGCGGGCUGCUCUCAGAUGGAGCACCAGGGCUCCGGGAGCUCGGGGCGCACGGCGGAACCGGAGUGAAUGACGCUGGUGGAUGGACGCUGCUCUCCGGUUCAGGCUGUCCACAGCACGGCCAUGACGGGCACCCAGGACCCAGACCUGCAUGAGCAGCACAGAGGACCAACGCAGGAGGAAGGGGAUGAGGAGGAGGAGGGCGAGAAGGUGCAUGUGUCAGUUGAAGGAGAGGAGAGGGAGCAGGAUAGGGAGAAGGAGGAGGAGGAGGAGGAGGAAAAGGAGGAGCUGCCGUACCCCACUCUAGCACCAGUGGUUCUUUUGGCUCUGACCCAAACCAGCCCACCCCGCUCCUGGUGCCUUCGAGCUGUCUGCCACCCAUGGUUUGAGCGUGUGAGCAUAUUGGCCAUCCUGCUAAACUGUGUAACUCUAGGGAUGUUCCAGCCCUGUGACCACACACCUUUCCUGCUGCAGGCUCUGGAUGAUGGGAUCUUUGCGUUUUUUGCCGGGGAAAUGGUGGUGAAGAUGGUGGCUCUUGGGGUCAUAGGUCAGAGCGGUUACCUAGGCGACACAUGGAACAGAUUGGACUUCUUCAUUGUUAUAGUUGGAAUGCUGGAGUACUCGCUUGAUGGACACAACGUCAGCCUAUCAGCUAUCAGGACUGUCCGGGUUCUCCGCCCCCUGCGAGCCAUCAACAGAGUUCCCAGUAUGCGUAUCCUGGUGACCCUCCUCCUAGACACACUUCCCAUGCUGGGCAAUGUGCUGGCACUGUGCUUCUUCGUCUUCUUCAUCUUUGGCAUCGUUGGUGUGCAGCUGUGGGCGGGGCUACUGAGGAACCGCUGUUUCAUGGGAGAGGAUGUCAAGAUGAGAUAUAACAUCUCCUUCCUGAGUGGCUACUAUCGGCCAGAUGGCACCGAUGACCACCCCUUCAUCUGCUCAAUGGAAAGAGAGAACGGGAUGCUUCGAUGCUCUGAUGUGCCUCGCCGCCGUGUAGGCAGGACUUCCUGCUUCCUGGGUGCUGAGGAGGCCCUUCCAGAGAUGGGAGUAGAUGCACCAGUGUCAUGUGUAAACUGGUACCAGUAUUACAAUGAGUGUCGAGCCGGGGAAGUAAACCCACACAAAGGAGCAAUUAACUUUGAUAACAUUGGAUAUGCAUGGAUUGCCAUUUUUCAGGUAAUUACUCUAGAAGGUUGGGUAGACAUCAUGUACUACGUCAUGGAUGCACAUUCUUUCUACAACUUCAUCUACUUCAUCUUCCUUAUUAUAGUGGGCUCCUUCUUCAUGAUCAACCUGUGCCUGGUUGUCAUAGCAACCCAGUUUUCUGAAACGAAGCAGAGAGAACACGCCUUAAUGAAGUCAGAGCAGUGCGCCCGGCAGCUCCACCAGUCAGCUUCCACGCUGGCUAGUGACAGCCAACCAGGAAGCUGCUACGAGGAGAUCAUCCGCUACCUGGCGCACCUGGGCCGCAAGGCGUGGCGACGACUCUUCCGCUGCUAUGCUCAGGCACGCACACACUUUCACUGCGUUUGCGUGUGCCAGAAAGACAGAGGAGGUGGAGCUGCCAGAAGGGGCGGAGUUGGGGAAAUGAACGGACUUGCCCACCGGCACUCAGGACACGUUCCAAACGACCUGUCGCACCUUCACCAGCAUUAUCAUCACCAUCAUCAGCGUCAUCACCAGCAUCAGCAGCCUCAGCAGCCUCAGUCUGAGCCUGCUGUCAGAAAUGGAGGGAAUGGUUUUAAUUAUCCCUUCAUAUCGCCCCUUCUCAGUCAAAUGGAUUUAAAGGACCAGGACCAGAAGAGGCUGGUUGCCACGGAGAACGUCAACCGACUGCCGCAGCUGGUGGUGGAGCAUGGUGGGUGCACUGGGCACCCUGCGUUACCGUUGCCAGGUGAAGCCCUAGGAGAGUCCUCAGUAUGCCCGUAUCGCAUCUACUACAACCAACUUAGUGACAGCGAAAAUGUUAAUGAGCAGCCUGAAGACCAGCAUCAUGGGUACAGCAACUCAUGCCAUGGCAACAGCCCGUGUCACAGUAACAGCCCAUGCCAUUGUAGCGGUGAUGCACAGGUGUCUGAGCCAAAGAAAAGGCUGUGGGAGCGUUGCUGGGCGGGACUUCAAACUAAACUGGAACUCAUUGUUGGCAGCAGAUACUUCAGCAGAGGAAUCAUGAUUGCCAUCCUUAUUAAUACACUGUCGAUGGGCAUAGAGUCCCAUGAACAGCCACAGGAGCUGACAGAUAUUUUGGAGAUCAGUAACAUGGUGUUUACGAGUCUGUUCGGUCUCGAGAUGCUGCUGAAGCUCCUGGCUCUCGGCCUCUUUGGCUACAUCAAGAACCCCUACAAUGGCUUCGACAGCAUCAUUGUCAUCAUCAGUGUGUGGGAGAUUGUGGGUGAGGCAGAGGGAGGCUUCUCGGUGCUGCGAACCUUCCGACUGCUGAGAGUUUUGAAGCUGGUCCGCUUCCUUCCUGCUCUGAGGAGGCAGCUGGUGGUGCUAAUGAAGACCAUGGACAAUGUGGCCACAUUCUGCAUGUUGCUGAUGCUCUUUAUAUUCAUAUUCAGUAUCUUGGGGAUGCAUCUGUUCGGCUGUAAAUUUGGUUUGCGACAAGAUGGAGGAGACACCUUACCUGACAGGAAAAACUUUGACUCUCUGCUCUGGGCGACUGUCACUGUGUUUCAGAUCCUCACCCAGGAGGACUGGAAUGCGGUGCUCUAUAACGGGAUGGCCUCCACCUCGCCGUUGGCUGCCCUCUAUUUUGUCGCCCUUAUGACCUUUGGCAACUACGUCCUCUUCAACCUGCUUGUAGCCAUUUUGGUUGAGGGCUUCCAAGCUGAAGGUGAUGCCAACAGAUCGGAGACAGAUGACGAGAGACAAUCGCUCUCUUUCGAGGAUGAGGAGAAGUUGAGAGAGCUGUAUGCUGCAGAGCUCAAGAUCCAGGCCAUGAUGCUGAGCCCCAACGGUCUCCUGAACCCAAAAGCCUCCAUGCCCCACCCUCCUCCUCCUCUGCCGGUCAUCACACAUACUGCAGCCACGCCCACCAUAAACUGCAGCCAAUCACGGCGGGCCAGUGGUGUUUCCAUGGACAUCCACAGCCUUGAGCAGAGGUCACCGUUGCCUUCACAGGCUCCGUGGGACAGCGGGCCGGAGAGCCGCCGCUCCAGCUGGACCAGCAUCGGCCGAGCCCCGAGCCUCCACAGGAAGAGCCAGUCGGGAGAGAUGGAGUCCCUGCUGUCCGACACACACACAAGCUCCAACUGCAGCAGCAGGGAGCAGUCUCUGGAUCAGCCUGAGUACCUGCAGGUGCCCAUGCUCCACUCGCCAGACUGCAAUGGCACCACCUUUCACCCAUCUAACGAUGCUCCGCUGACCACACACUGCCACAGCGAUCAGGAUGAGGAAGAAAUUGAGGAGAGUUUAUGUAAGAAGCUGAAGAAGAUUCUGAAGCCGUAUGAGCCUCAGUGGUGCCUGGAGCAUGAAGAGUGGUCUCUCUAUCUGUUCGCUCCACACAACCGGCUCAGGUUGUGGUGUCAGAAGGUCAUAGGUCACAAGCUGUUUGAUCAUGUCAUCCUCCUCUUCAUCUUCCUUAAUUGUAUCACCAUUGCACUGGAGAGACCUGACAUACAGCCCAACAGCAUGGAGCGGGUUUUCCUCAGUGUGUCCAAUUACAUCUUCACUGUGAUCUUCGUGGGUGAAAUGAUGAUCAAGGUGGUAGCUAUGGGCCUGUACUUUGGAAAUGGAGUGUACCUGCAAAGCAGUUGGAAUAUCUUAGACGGACUGCUGGUGUUUGUGUCAAUGGUGGACAUCCUGGUCUCCAUCGCGUCAACAGGUGGUAAUCGAAUCUUAGGCAUCCUCCGUGUGCUUCGUCUGCUUCGCACACUGCGACCACUCAGGGUGAUAAGUCGGGCUCCUGGUCUGAAACUGGUGGUGGAGACUCUGAUCACAUCUCUCAGGCCCAUUGGGAAUAUUGUCCUCAUCUGCUGUGCUUUUUUCAUCGUGUUUGGAAUUCUGGGAGUCCAGCUGUUUAAAGGGAAGUUCUACCACUGUGACGGGCUCGAUGUGAGUAACAUCACCAAUAAAACCCAGUGUCUGGAAGCAGGAUACCGCUGGGUUCGACGGAAAUACAACUUUGACAACCUGGGACAGGCCCUGAUGUCACUGUUUGUGCUGUCAUGUAAAGACGGCUGGGUCAGCAUCAUGUAUGACGGCCUGGAUGCUGUCGCAGUGGACCAGCAGCCAAUAAGAAACAACAACCCUUGGAUGCUGCUGUUUUUCAUCUCGUUCCUCCUCAUCGUCAGCUUCUUUGUGCUCAACAUGUUUGUGGGCGUGGUUGUGGAAAACUUUCACAAGUGUCGCCAGCAGCAGGAGGAAGAGGAGGCGCGUGUGAGGGAGGAGAAACGACAGAAACGGUUGGAGAAGAGGAGGAGAAGGGCCCAGGAGAAGCCAUAUUACGCUGAGUACUCCCCAUUGCGUCGAUCCAUCCACACCUUUUGCACCAGCCACUACCUGGAUCUCUUCAUCACCAUCAUCAUCUUCACAAACCUCCUCACCAUGAGCAUGGAGCACUACAAACAGCCUCGGUACUUCGAGGAAAUACUGAAGUACUGCAAUUACGUCUUCACGGUGGUUUUUGUCAUUGAAGCCAUUCUUAAACUGAUCGCCUUUGGCCUGCGCCGCUUUUUCAAAGAGAGAUGGAACCAGUUGGACCUGGCCAUUGUGUUGUUGUCCAUCAUGGGAAUCACACUGGAGGAAAUAGAGAUGAAUGCUUCCCUCCCCAUCAACCCCACCAUCAUACGCAUCAUGCGAGUCCUAAGAAUAACAAGAGUGUUGAAGCUGUUGAAGAUGGCGACAGGAAUGAGAGCUCUGUUGGACACAGUGAUGCAAGCUCUGCCUCAGGUGGGGAAUCUGGGUCUGCUCUUCAUGUUGCUGUUCUUCAUCUAUGCAGCUCUGGGAGUUGAGCUCUUUGGAAAACUGGAGUGUUCAGAUGAGAACCCAUGUGAGGGUCUUAGUCGCCAUGCUACCUUUGACAACUUCGGCAUGGCUUUCCUCACACUCUUCAGGGUGUCGACCGGGGACAACUGGAAUGGGAUUAUGAAGGACACAUUGCGAGAGUGUCUCCCACAGGAACGCCACUGCCUCACCUACCUGCCCCUGAUCUCUCCUGUUUAUUUCGUCACCUUCGUCCUGACGGCUCAGUUUGUGCUGGUCAACGUGGUUGUAGCUGUUCUGAUGAAGCACCUGGAGGACAGCAACAAGGAGGCACAGCUGGAGGAGAUGGAGGAGAGGAUGGAGAGGGAAGAAACAAGGGAGAGGGAGGAGGCCAGCCGACGUCUCAGUACCGCGUCUGUGGGCGGAGACUUGGUGCCAAAUGUGGACACACCUGCCCAGGUGCAGGUUGAGGAUGAGGAUUGUUCCCAUGGCAACCUGCUGAGCAUAGGACGCAUGCUGUCUCUACCCAGCGACAGCCAUGUUCAGCCACUCAGAUGUUCCCCUUAUCCUCCUAUUUGCCAUGAGGCGUACUCCAGCUACAGCUACUCAGGCUCCAUGUCAUCUCUGGGCUCCAGUGGAGGCGGCUCACUGCUGCAGGUUCCUGGAGCUCUGCCGGCCAUCAGCCAUGCUUCACUGGGGACGGGACGCAGCUCGAGGCCAAAGAUCUUCCUCAGCCCCUCUCAGAGCAUCGACAGACACUCCCCACACAGACUCAGUCCUGCUGACAGCACAGAGGGAUACAGGUUUAGUCUGGCUCACGGAAUAAACAGACACAGACUCAGCUCAGCUCACAGUAUAGAUGGAUACAGAUUCAGCCCAGCCCAUCGAAUAAACAGACACAGACUCAGCUCUACUCGCAGUAUGGAUGGAUACAGGCUCAAUCCAGACCACAACACGGACAGACCUAAACUCACGUCCAGCCACAGUAUAGACAGACAUCCCUCACUCAGACUGAGCCCCACCCACAUUGCCAACAGACAUCCCCCUCAGUGGCUCAGUCCUGAAGACCGUUUAGACAGAAACAAGUUGAGCCCCUCAUACGUUCCAGAUAGUUCAGUCCUGAAGAGACCAGCAUCCUUCCACACUGCAAGCAGACAGUUACGGAGACAGGAGGCUGUGCGCUGUGACUCUCUGGAUCAGAGCGGUUCAGCUGACGAUCUGGCAGAGCCUCAACUCACUGUGACCGCCGUCUCUUCCACACCACCACGCCAGCGAUCGUCCAGUGUACACACACUGAAAUAUACAUACCCCCAGAGGGUCAUCUCAUGCAGGAGCCACAGCCGGAGCCACAGUGAAACCAGUGGGCAAGAACAUGUACCUGAGCAAGCCAUCUGUGGCUCGCAGCCAGAAACAGAUGUGGAGAAUAAGACAGUCAGCCCGAAGAGGUUGUCCAGUCUGAAGGUCCCCAGCGGUGAAUCUGCCUCAUCAGCAUCGCUCUGUAGCUCCAGAGCCGACCCCAGCCCCCAGUUAGACGACACCGACGAGGAAGUCAGUCGUAUCAACAGUUCUCCUCAAACACACUCACACACACAACUCCCUUCCAGCUCCUCACACAAAAGCAGACACCUUACCCCGAGUCCUGUGGAGCACCGGAGCCGCCUCAGCCAAUCAGUGUCUCCGGUGUCAGGCAGGAACAGAAAGCAGAGGAUGAGCCCGCCGCCAGUAGAGGAGCCGGUUGCUAUGGCAACCCAGCUGAUGGACAGCAGUAUUGAACUGAGAAGGCGGACUCUGUCAUUUGAUGCCACAACCCCCUCUUCUAAUCAACCAGAGGGAAGUUCUGUGGACGACUAAACAAACUCAGUUUUGGUGGAUUGGUUAUUCUGCUAAAGUGGAGGAGCCUGGUGUGCUGCUGAAGCACAUGAGAGGGCCAGGAGAUGCAAUCUAAAACAGGAAGGAUACCUGUCUCCUGUUUUGGACCCCGCCCCUCAUCUCGUCCCGUCCAAUCACAAGAUUUUCACAGGGUGUUUGAGUAGAACUCUUUCCGACAGUGUGUGGAUGAGUGUGUAUGUGUUCAAAAACUCUUAUCCGUUGUGCUAUUUGCACACAAGAUGCACUCAAGAAGACCUUUUCUUCUAUCAUAGUCCUAGCUUUAGUUCAGACAUAGUAGUCACUCCCCCACUAUAUUUACUCAAACAUUAACCUUCCCCUUGCUUGCUCUCCUCCUCCUUCCCUCACUUUCUUCCUUUUACCGUGCACCUCAAGCCCAGGUCAGAGUACAAGACAAAAUCACCCGAAAGGUGCAGCAUAGAUUUAGUUACUGACUGAUCUGCUCACGUACACAUAGACAUGUUGACAAACAGAUAACACAGCAACAAAAUGCUUAUUUUAAUGAUCAAUUAAUCUGCAGACCAUUUUCUUGAUAAAUCCAUGAAUCUUUUGGUCUAUAAAACA